AUGGGGUGCAACAUGUGUGUGGUGAACCGUCCGGAGGAGCAGUACAGAGUCAUGUUCCAGCAGAAAAGCUGGAGCAGCUCUCUGAGGCCCAUAGACGGACAUGGAAACAACAAGGUCAGAGGGAGGAAGCCAUCUCAGCUCCCUCUUGACAGGCCUCAGAACUCCCAGGAUCCUUCACACCACCCAGGGAUGGUCCGUAAGGCUCACAGGAAGAAAGGUGCCCUGGUGUGCAGUGGUAAUAAUGGAAGCAGCACCACCACCAUGUGCGUCACCAUGGUAGCCAUCCCAGACUGUGUCGACAACGCCACGCAGACUGACAUUAGCUUUCAGAACAUUCUGACACUUGGGCGAGGGAGGGGACACCGCAACAGCAGGGGGGGCUCCUCCUCACCCCCUCCACCACCCCCCUCCCCUCCCCUCCCUCACCUGGUGGGGCCGUACGGGAUCAAUGAGCUUUGUGCAUUCGAGUACGACACCGCCAACGACUACUUUGACGUCUCCCAUCACGAAGUGGACCGGCAGGAGGAGCUGGAGUAUGAGGAGGUGGAGCUGUAUAAGUCCAGUCAGCAGGAGAAGCUGGGUCUGACAGUGUGCUACAGGACCGACGAUGAAGAGGACCUUGGGAUUUACGUAGGCGAGGUUAAUCCAAACAGCAUAGCAGCCCAGAAUGGUCGCAUCAGAGAGGGUGACAGGAUACUGCAGAUAAAUGGAGUGGAUAUUCAGAACAGAGAGGAGGCGGUGGCCAUUUUGACCAGAGAAGACAGCGUUAACUUCUCUCUGCUGCUGGCCAGGCCCGACAUAGAGAAUGACCCCACUGUUGAACAGGAGGAGGACAUGGAGGUGACUCUCGAAAGAGGAGGCUACCACCCAAACUGCCGUGCCUCCUUCCGUCGCUCCUCCCCGCACCUCCACAGCUACUACCUCCACAGGAGAGGGGGAGGAGAAUGCGGGGUUGGUGGUGUGGCAGGUGCGGAGAAUGCUGCAGAGGAGGAGGUGGUGGAAGAAGAGGAGGAGGAAGAGGAGGAAUGCAGAGAAGGUGAGAAGGAGGACGGAGAUCCCCCGGUGCCCUUACCUCCUCUCCUCAGCCUGGCUCCCCUCCUCUGUCAGAGCCAGGAAUUGGACAGCGGCAUGGGGCGCACGGAUGACAGCACGCGGUACGAGGAGUCGUCCGAACACGACCUGCUGGGGGAGCAGACCAGCGCGUGUAACACCAGCACCACCAACACCCCGGGCAGCAUGAGGAAGUUCAGACCCGGACUGAGCCCCAGCCCCAGACCCAGCCCUGGGCUCGGCCCAAGCCCCAAACCAAGCCCCAAACCAAGCCCCAGCCCUGGCUACAGCCGAGGAGACCCCAACGCUCCAUUUCUCUACCUCCGGGAUCUCCAGCUCAGCACAGACUGCCUCCCCAGCCUGGACUGGGGGGGAGGGGCAGGAGCUGGGAACAGCCCUCACCACCACAAGCACCACCACCACCAGCCCCACCUGACAAUGAUGAUGAUGAUGCCAGGCCUGACGGAGGAGGAGUGUGAGCGUUACCGGGAGCUCCUGGAGAUUAAGUGUCAGUAUGAAAGGAUGAAUGACAAAAAAAGAGCCAGUGUGAAAAGCGAAGUACAAGAUAACAGAGCAGAGGACAAAGAGAUGGACGACGGGAAGGAGGAGAGGGACGCAGAAGAGCCGGAGGAACGAGGAGAGGAGGCUUCAGCAUUGGCUUCUUCUUCUUUGGCGGUGGACGUAAAGUGCAACGAGUCAUUGAGCCAGCACGAGAUGGCCCUGAUUGAGGAGGAACUGCGCCACCUUGAGUUUAAAUGCCGGAACAUUUUGCGAGCCCAGAAAAUGCAGCAGCUGAGAGAGAGAUGUUUGAAAGCCUGGAUGAUGGAGGAGGAGACCGCUGGGCCCGGGUUGCGCCCCGGCCCUCCUCAACCAGAAAACAAUAACGAUGAGGAAGAUGAAGAUGACCCUCAUCGUCACGAGUUGUCAGCUAUUAAUGAGGUUCCAGAGAGAGAGAGGUCGGAUGACAAAGACAGCACCAGCGCCUACAACACAGGAGGGGAGAGCUGCCGAAGCACGCCAUUGGUCAGCACCGAACAAAUCCCGCCUCUCCAGGAGGAGGAAGAGGAAGAAGGAGGACAAGGAGGAGGGGGAGCGAUGUCUCCUCCCCGUCUCCUCCCUCUCGGCCGCCUCCCUCCACUUAACUCCCCCCUCACGCCACGGCGUCAUGGGCGGGGCAGAGACAGAGAGCGUCAGUCCAACCUCAACUGCUCAUUUUCUCCAAACAGUUACAGGAAGUACCAAACAGCCAAUGGCAACGGGGCUAACGGCUCAAGCUCCACACCCUCCACACCCUCGAAAUUCAGAUCACUGACCAGAGAGGCAGGGUCUAAUUCAAGAAGGGGCAUGGCUGAUGGAGGGCGGGGCUCCAGAACAGGUGGUGCCACCGACAGGCUUGGAGGUGAAAGUGCAGAGUCCAGUCCUUGUUUCACCAGACGAUAUCAUGGCCACAGCAAACCUCUAGAACGCUACCAGAGUUGCAUGACCCUUCCUUCUGAGGGACUGGUGGACCCUCUGGAUAGGGUGAGAGAGAGGGGGAGGGACAGAGAGAGAGCAGAGGGAGAGGAGAGAGGGAUAGGGACAGGCAGCAGUGGCCCAGCCAGUCCAAGAAGUGUGAACAGCGCUCCCUGCAGUUUGGAGGAUCACCACCACCACCACCACACCACUGCCUCCCGGCUGGGAUUAGCUCUGCCGUUGGGGCUGACACACUCAUCCCCAUCAGCCUCACCACAACGUAUGGAGUGGAAGGUAAAGAUCCGUAGUGAUGGCACUCGCUAUGUGGCCAAGCGGCCAGUCAGGGAUCGUCUACUAAAGGCCAGAGCCAUGAAAAUCAGAGAGGAGCGCAGCGGGAUGACCACCGACGAUGACACAGCUAGUGAGAUGAAACAGGGGCGAUACUGGAGCAAAGAGGAGAGAAAGCAACAGCUGCUGAGAGCCAGAGAAUACCGACGAAGAAGAGAGUUUAUGAUGCAGAGCAGGCUGGACUACCUGAGAGGAGACAGGGACCCCUCAUCAUCAGGGGUUGGCGCUGGGGAUCCCAGGUCAUUCGAGAGUACUCAGCCCCACCCACAACAGGAAGCGGCCAGCAACAACAUCCUGCUGCUGAGCCAGAAGAAGAUCAUGAGGAGGAGAAACCGACGUAUCCUUGACAACUGGAUCACCAUCCAGGAACUGCUGGCUCACGGCUCACGGUCGCCAGAUGGAAAGAAAAUUUACAACCCGCUGCUUUCUGUUACCACUGUGUGA